AUGCCGUCGGUCGCUCAACUCACGUCUGGUCAGCACGAUCCUGUGCUCGACCUUUUGGCGCCCUAUAGCGAAUUUCCCAAGGAGAUCAGAGGCAAGACAGUCUGGACAGCGACAGAAUAUGCCAAUGCCCCCGAGCGAUGGAUCUCACGCUGGACAGAGCAGCAGCUAGAGGAUCUCUCUGAGGCAGCGGACAGAUGGGCUGCUUCCGGCCGUCCCCUGACAGAGAUCACGAAGGAGACAUUUCAAGUUUCUCCAAGGCUAGCCGAGCUCUUUGGCCAGUUGAGAGAAGAUCUCAUCAAUGGCAAAGGCUUUGCACUCAUCAAAGGCAUGUCGACCGAUGCUUGGGGUGUGCAGAAGUCGGCCACUGCCUAUCUCGGCAUAGGCGCGCAGAUUGGCGUCGUUGUCUCGCAAAAUCGCAAGGGACAUACGCUGGGGCAUGUGCGUGACCUGGGCAAUGAUCCGAAUGACAUCAGCAAAGUCAGGAUAUACAGCACUGCCGCUAAGCAAUAUUUCCAUACCGACUCGUCCGAUCUCGUCGGCUUGCUCUGUCUCGCUCGCGCGCUCGAAGGAGGCGAAAGCGACAUUGUAUCUGCACAUCACGUCUGGAACUGUCUGCAGAAGGAGCGACCGGACAUCGCGGAGCUGCUGACGACGCCAACAUUUCACUUUGACCGCAAGGGCGAAGUCUCUGACGGACAACGACCUUUUGUCACCAAACCUAUCUACCACUACCUAGACGGCAAAGUGUCUAGCUUCUUCGACCCGUACUAUGUCAAGUCUAUCGCACGCCAUGUCGAAGCCGGUCUCAUCGAAGCACAUACACCUCAGCAGCUCGAAGCCUUUGAAGUACUCGAGCAGAUCGCGAGUCGGGAAGCGCUACAUAUGAUCCUGGACGUCGGCGAUCUUCAGUUUGUUGCCGAUACACAUGUCUUCCACGCACGCACAGCCUACAAAGACUACGCACCGCCUGCGCCCAGACGGCAUCUCCUUCGACUCUGGCUAGCGACGCCAGAGAGUCAGGGUGGCUGGAAGCUGCCCUACCCUGACUCGAAGCUGGACAAGCGGGGCGGCAUCCAAGUCAACUCUCAGCCAGAGACCUGUCCUCUCGAGGCCGAAUAG